AUGGACAGGAUUCCCGACGUCGUCCACGUUGUGUCCACGUUCGAAUUUUGUCUGGUUGCUGGUCUUCUUCGCAAUAAAAAAAUUCCCGACGAACUUAUUAAUUCUGCGGGAUUUAUGGCAAUCGUAAAUCUGGUCAACUCCGCCACACUAGACUUUGAGUCCGAGGGCGCGAAAAAUUUAUCUUUUGGCGCCAAAACCAGUCAAGACUCCGAGGAGCUCGUUUCCUUGCUUACCGAAAGAUCAGCCAGAAUAAAUUCCCUUGAAGGGGAAUUGAAGUAACUCCAAGCACGGAUUUCCCAUCUCGAGUCGAGCACGGAGGCAAUUUUAGACGAUUCUUCCCUCCCUAAUUCCCCAUGUUGCUCAUGUACUCCGUUAAGUUCGUCUAGUUCCUCGUGUAGUUCAAUCGAUGACACAAAGAGCCGACCUGAUUUAGGAACAAUAAACAAGAAAAGACAAGUUCUUAAAAGGUGCAGGAAGAUAACAGCUGUCCUUGAUGACGUUUCUGAGAGGUACAAUGAGUCCAUCGCUGCCGUCCUCGGAAACAGCUUCUUGUACGGAACGGAUGGGGAAAGGGAAAAAGUACAAGGCAUCAUCUCAGAAGUCAUUGAUCUAAUUGUUACAAAAUCAAAGGGUUCGAGGAAUGGUCUGACCGAGCUUCUUUCGCCACAAACACUAACAAAUGUUUUCCAAGGCAUGCGUGUACCAGACUGGGUGUUGUUGUUUUUUAAGCUCCAAACAAGACUCCCAGAUUCUGCAUGGCAAACUCUGCUGAACUUGACUCGACUAGGAAAGAAUGGGGUGAGUUACUAACUGUAAAGGUUUUUGCUCUCAUUAAAUUUAAGCAUUUUGUUAUUUAUUUUAUUUUCAUUGCUUUGUUUCUACAGCGAUGAGCUGUCAGUCAUGUGAUCCUUUUUCUUACCAGCAAUGUAAGCCCCAUGUAAGGUUGUAUUUGACAAAAUUCAUAAGAGUUUUAUUUCAAAUUUAAUGAGGAUGAUUUUGUGUAUCGUGGUGAGACGUACAGCAUAUUGAUUUUUUAUGAGUAAAAUUACAUCUUACACCUCAGGUAAGGUAUCCAGUUUUCAAAGGAUUCCUCCUGAGUGUUAUAAUAUUGUAAUUUUCACGCCCUGUGUUGAAUUUCAUUUGCACGUGCUGCUAGACUCAUUAAUAUUCAGUUUCGUUUGUACCUUCGAGGCACUUGAUAGAGAUUAAAUGUCUGUUCAGUAACCGCUUGAACGUGUGGAUCGCUGUGUUAUUACACUGAGAGGGGAAUUACAUAUUUUCAUUCAGUUUUAUGGCUUGAAAAUCAGAACACGAUAUAUAAAGCAGUUAUUGAGACUUCUUUUAGUGGGUUAUUUUUGAAAGUAUUUCUGAACAUAACUGAUGUCAACCUUUUUUAACAUUUAUAAAGUGACAGUUGAUCUAAACCUGUUUCUGGAUAAUUUUUUUCAACAGAGAGCUGGAGACACGCCUGUACUGCUCACAAAAAAUGAGAUAAUGGCACUGAAGAAACUAGUCUUCUCUACAGUACAGAAAACAUUCAAAAUUGCCAGGGUCAAAGAUGCAGAUUUUGAUGCUUAG